GCGGGGCAACGAAUAAAACAACGACUACAUUAUAUUUUUCCCUUCCAAUAAACUCUGGUCGAAACUCCCCGAGUCUGAAAUUGUUGAUUGAUUGUCGUUUGGAUCAAGUGGAUCACAAAUCGUCGAGAAUCAACUCAACAAGACCAAUUCAAAAGCAUGCUCGUUCUUGUUGUCAAUGCUAGUGUCGAUGUAGUGCUUAUGUGAAUCAUCGAGGUUUUGUUCUUUGUAAACUCACCAACUGAGUGCUGUGCUUAACAGACAGGAAACACACAGACAGCCAUGCAUCAUCACUCAGCAUGUUUACUGUUUGUAGUUUUGUAAACAAACCAGCGUGACCAAGAAUGCGACAUUUCCAUCAUGCUCAAAUAAGUAGGCUACCGACUACAUCAUUACAUGUGCUGCUCAGCUUGUGUAGAGAUGUACCUCUGCUAAAAACACUAAAAUGAAGGACCUAUGAGUUGAAGCUACUCAACCUACCACAAUGGGUAAGCCAGAGAGAUCCUUCAAGCGUAGCUUCAGUGGAGUCCGACACCAGAUCUCUUUUCGUCAGCCCAUCCGACCAUUUAUCUCCUCAACAUUUGUUGAUUUCUUUGAGGAGCGAGACCACCUUGUCAAACGGGUCUUUCCUCAACUCAACAGUCUCUGCCAUGAGCGUGGUACUCACUUCAGUCCGAUUGACCUCCGCUGGGGGAUCAACGAAGAGCAAUCGCAGUCUGGGAAUGUUGUCUCCUUGUGCUUGGACUACAUCAACUCCUGUAGUCCCUUCUUCAUCUGUCUUCUCGGAGAGCGUUAUGGUUCCCAUCGACCCAUUGAUGCAGACUUGCUCUCGACCGACGCAAACCUCGAUGACAUCAACGAGGAGAACACCAACUGGCUUGAUAAGAACUACCACGUCGCUGCUGCCAACGGGCACAACUGGAUUCUGCAAGAAGCUUAUCAGUGCUGUAGUAUAACUGAGCUGGAGAUCAUACAGGCUGCAUACCUUAAUGACAGCCAGUAUUCCCGGUUUUACUUCAGGGAUGUUCGACAUAUUGAGGAUAAAUUCACUGAUCUGACGGAUGUGGAGAGAGAGGAGAAACUGAAGGUGUACCGAUGCGAGAACGAAGAGGUUGAAAUGCGGGUCCGGGACCUUAAGAGAAGAAUCGUCAACAAGGGUCUACCGGUGAGGUUCUUCAGGACGGUAGAAGAGUUGGCUGAGAAGGUGCUGGAAGAUUGGAAGUUCAUUAUAAACCAGAUGUACCCGCCACUGCAAGACUUCACUACUGAUGUUGAUGGUGAGCUAUUCCGUGAAUGGGCGGCUCAUGAAGCCUACGCAGAAACCAGACGUCGUGUCUUCAUCCAAACUCCCAACAUAUACGACCUGUAUGAGAAGCUAGAUGACCAGGGAGUUAAAGCACUCAAUGACGAUACACAGGAAGGCAGGAACACAUUACAACCAGUGGUCUCUACAGCUCCAAGGGGAAAACAACCUGAGCAACACCAGAGCAUUUCAAUUUUGACUCUCGUCGGUGAACGAGGCUGUGGAAAGACGGCUAUUGUUGCUAACUGGGUCAAACAUUUCAGAACAGAGUACCCUGGGCUUAAGGUCAUCUCGCAUUUUGUUGGGAGUAGCGCCCUCAGUGCUGACAUUACAAGUUUUCUACGGAGGGUAACGUACGAGCUGCGAGGAGAAUUUGUGGGUACUCAGAAUGAAUCGUCUAACGAUGCUGAAGACAUGUCUAAUUUCCAUCAUAUCUGUGAGGCGUUCGUUGCCUCGGUGGGUAUGGGACCGUGCGUACUGGUACUUGACGGUAUUGAUGAACUGAGUGGAACCCUUGGGCAGACUAUGCAUCAGGUGAAAGAGAUGUCAUGGCUGCCUGAGAAGCUGCCCGCACAGUGCAAGAUUGUCCUGACGACCGUCCGCUCUGACCUGACCUACAAAUCCCUAUCUCAGCGUCAGGAUACUCAAGUUCUCCUGGUACCCCUCUUUACAGACAGAGGUCAGAAGUCAUCCAUGGUAACCGAGAAUCUAGCCAUACAUUGUAAAUGCUUGGAUGAGGUGCAGCUGCAGAAGGUCGUGACCUCGAAGCUGAGUGACCGGCCGCUGUUUUUAUCUAUCCUGGCCAAUGAGCUCAGGGUAAGGGGGACAUAUGGAAAUCUGGACAAGGUGAUUGAUCAAUACAUUGAGGCUGUGACAUUUAGAGAUCUAUGGAAGUGUGUAAUUCAACGAUGGAUUAGAGAUUAUGGCUGGACGACUGAUGGACGAUCAACAUCUGUGUCGUCAGAUAGUAGUCGAGAAGACAUGUCCGGUUGGGUCGCUGAGGUCCUUCGUCUUAUCAGUUGCUCCAGACACGGUCUGAGUGAGCAGGAGUUAUUACAACUGCUAAGGAUGAUGGGAUACACAGGUCAAGCUGAGGUCACGGCUUUUGACUUUGCCCUGUUCCGGUCGGCUACAUUUGAUGCUCUAGUGGAGAGACCAGGGGGACUGAUGAGCUUUUUUCAUCAACAUCUAAGGGAGGCGGUGGAGCACUCAUUGUUGGGUAUGAUUGCCGGUACAGCUGGUAUGCCGGAUUCACCGAGUGCUUCUGCCGUUGAGUUCCUCCCAAGAGGCCUGAAUCAACAGAAGAGAGUUUGCCACGAAGCGCUCUCCAGCUACUUCUGGAAGCAGUCUCACAGCCUGAGGAGAACCGGAGAGUUACCGUGGCAACUAGAGAAAUGUGGCGAUAUUCAAGGUCUUUUCAACAUCCUGACGGAACCAGAAGUGUUCCUGAUGAUGUGCCAAGACAGCAUCCAGAGCGUGGCCCUAAAACUAGACCUCUUGCGCUACUGGCAGCGUCUCAGUAAGAAUGGCUACGAGAUUGCGGAUGCUUAUGAGAAGAUGGUCAUGAAAGCAAUGGAGGAGUAUACUUGGACGGCGAGUGUUGUUGAGCCUAUGGAGGAGGAAAGAGGGGAGGUUAAAGAUGCUGAUAGAAGACAAAAGAAAAAAGAAAAGCCGAACCCACUGUCUUCAAAGAAGAAGAAUCCUCAUCAAAAGCUGUCAGUGAUUGAAGAAUAUGAUGCGGCAUCUUCCGAUGCCACUUCCACCCAUCAACUGAGCACAGACGAGCAGCGAGUAAACCUAACUAUUGAGGCUAGCCAUAGGAAGUUAUCAAGUACCUCGACUCAAGAGGUUAUAUCAGCCUCAGAGGAAGUGAAAGCCUCGUCAUCCUCUGAUGAGGAUGCUGAGGAGGUUUGGGAGGAUGCGAGAGAGGAGCCGGAGUCAAACAGCGAUGAAGAUGAAAUAUUCUACGAGUACAAACCAGGGGACAGAUGCAAGAUGGCCGUCCUUGCAAUGCAAGCUGGGAAAUUCUUAGCUGAGAGAUCUCGUUUCCAGCACUCUGAGAGGCUGCUGAGUUUGGCCCACCAAGAUGUCAGUCAGAAAUUUCCGCUCAGUACGCCAGAGCAGCUCUUCAAGAUGAAAGUAGAGGAAAACCUUGCUGAUCUCCAUCGAUUCCAACUCCAUCGCUACGAAGCUAAGAAGUUCUACCACAAGGCUCUGAAUACGCUGAGUAACAUCGCUGCCUGUGAGUCCGAUGACAUCUACAAGCAGUUAGUGGAGAAUAAAGGUCGUUUAUUGAAUCAUCUUGGUUUCAUGGCCGUCAAGCAACACACUAAAGUAGUAGAUGAAGCUGAGAAGACCCUGAGGAAUGCCAGUGACUGCAUGAGGAAAGCUAAUAGUAUCGCUGGCUUAGCCACGGCACAGUUUAUUCUAGGACUAGUCCAAGUUAAGAAGACUGACUACGUCAUAGCAGAAGAGUGUCUUCGUGAAGCGUUACAGACGAGGGAGAGAUGGCAUGGAAAGUCUCAUCCACAUGUUGCUGAGGUCCUGAAUGAACUGGGUGGAUUGCUCUGUAAUCCACGCAACGUACACAGAUGUGAUCGAAUUGUUUCAGAGACAUAUUUCCGGCGGGCUUUGCAAAUCCGUGAGCAGUCCUAUGGUCGUGACCACUUGCUUGUUGGGACAACUUUGUUUCACCUUGGUAAAUUGCUGAAGUCGAGUGGCAGUCACCAAUGCAAGACUGAAGCCGUUGUACACCUUAGCCGUUCCCACGAUAUCCGCACCACAAACCUCGGAGCUAACCAUGUCCUCACCAAGGCUGUCCGACAAGCCUUAAAGGAAGUCCAGACCCAGCUGAUGACUGGUGACUACGAUUACGCCCCCGUCAAGCAACCCGAUCGACGGACCAAAGAGAACCCCUACAGCAGCCUCAGCUGGCAUGAGGGUGCUCUUAUGGACUUUGAGAAGCAAGCCCGCGCCAAGAGUGCGGUGCCUCGUCUGGAAAGGGCAUCUAGAGGUAAACAGAGACUCAAAACAGCUGGUAGGUCUCCCGUUGAGGAUGGCCUCAGCACUAAUGCGAAAGCAAAUGGUUGGAAACAAAGUGCAAAUAGUAACCCAGAUAAUCAAAGAGAUCGGAAUCAGAACCCUGCAGAAGCCCAGUGGACUCCUUCUUUAGAUAGAACCCAGGAAGCAAGUAAAGCUUGGAGUACUCCACGGCGAGGAGGUAGAACCCAACAGCGACCUAAAAGUAUGCAUGGUGGUAGACCAUCAGAGAGGAGCACAGACACCAGGCAGACAGCCAGCGCACACACUGCUGGACGGCACCGACAUCCACAAAGUGGUUACUCAAGACCACAGCAGACCCAGGCAACCAAGCACGACAGCCUUCAGUCUCUGUGCCUGAUACCAAGAUCCAAUAAAGACGUCCAGGACACUGUCUCAAACGGAACAGAACAGACUCUUAAAAGUACUUUGACGCGGUUCAACUCCUGGAGUGCCGGCAACCGCUCUCAAAGCGCUAAGGGUGGACGAGUCUCCUCAUCCAGGGGAUCUGAUAUCCAGAGAUCACGUCCCCAAAGCAGUGUGAGUCAGGUGUCUCACGUGUCGCAUCGUUCACGCUGUGAUAUCCCUCAAGCCUUCCAGAUGCACCCGAGCAACGACCGGACAAUACGUGGGCCACACAGUCAGAUUCAGGCGGUGCUCGGUGACCCUCCAUGCCCACGUCCUGUACAACCAAAGGUGCUACAUACAGCGGCAUGGUUCCAUGAGUCGGGACGCUACCCAAAGACACCGAGUGACGUCUACCCACCUAGGAGGCACCAGAAACGCCCGAUGAGCGUUCCUUCAUUUGCUACCGAUAACAGGUUCAGUAUUCUGGACUCUAUGCAAGAUGAUGACAGUUAGAGUUCAAUGUCAAAUCUUGAAUUAAGUUCAAACAGAUUAAUCAAAGGCCAGUUGUUUUUACAUAAAAAAACACACUAGUCUUUGCAUUGUUUUUGUUUGAGCAAAAUUGCACUUGGCAGAGUGGAUGACGGAAUUAUGUCACACUUAUUAAACUAAUUGUGAAGUUGUUUGUAUUGAUCCAUUUAAUUGCAAGCAGCGCACUUACACACGCAUUUUCUGUCUGCCACUUUGGGAUUUAGUCGUACACAAAGGAAUUGACUCCCAAAAUGUCGGAAAUAGUUGAGGGGCAUUGUGCGAAGGUGUUUUUCCGUGUCUGCUAGAAGUAAAAUGGAGUCAAAUGGAGUCAAGAAGAAUUUUUAUGAAACAGUUUAAGGGAUAUUUGACCACAUUGGGACAAUUAUGUAAAAUAAAUUAAAUUUUAUGCAACAGAAAUGCCCCACAGGAUUUGUAUAUAAAAGAAAUAUUUUUACAAAUACUUUUUGUUUCUUAGCCAUGUUUUCUAAUGCAAAAGAGUCUGAUAAAAUAGUGUUAAGUUUUUGUUGCGUAUGCCAAAGAGGAUACAUUUGUGACCCCCUCCCCUGCCAUAAUCAAGCAGUUUUCUGAAAUAAUAAAAACACAUAAAAGGUGAAGAUUAUACUAUAUGUAAUGUGAUGUCUUUAACAUUCUAAAUGUGGCAAAAUACAUGACCUGUUGACCCUUUGCACUGACAUCACAUGCAGCUCCUUUUCAUGGUCUGCCUUAUUGGAAGUCAAAACAAGUCAAGACAUGGUGCAUGUCUAACUGGGCUUAAAUGCAUACGUACGAGUAUGUGGCCUUUAACUUAUAAUGAAACAAUAAACCCUACUUAAAGUGUUUCUUUGGUUAUCGGAUACCCUAAAGCUUGGUUCAUACUUCCUGCAAAUGCGAAUGCGAUACGAAUGUGGACGUCACAAAUUCGCAACAAAUAAUUUGCAGCAGUUGAGUUGUGUUCAACUCUCCUGCGAAUCCUGCGAAUAUCGCAGCAGAAACAGAGUUGUGACGUCAAAUUCGCAUCGCAUUCGCAAUUGCAGGAAGUAUGAACCAGGAUUAGAGGGGGUUUCUGUAAAGAAGGGAAUAGUUGCAGGACCCUACUUAACCUGGUUCAUAAGGUUCUGUGCGUGCAUUGCGUAAAAUACACGGGCAAUCUCAAUCCCAAGAUCAUGCAACCAAGAUUCAUCACGUGAUGAACUGGGUCAACUAGCCUGACUCAUUGGGUGUUAUUUCAAAGCUUUGAUGAGGAAAUAAACAAAAGUUUGGCAAAAUGUGCCUUGUUACAAGCAUGGAGGAUCACAAUUUUUGCAUUCCGUUUUUUAUAUUGUGUGUAUAGAAUAAAACAGUUGGAAUUUGAUCCAACAAUUAAUGGAUUUUGAACCAACAAAUAGUUGGAAGUUGAAAAACAUGUAGUAUGAACUUCAACCAUGUAUAUUCUCAGAGACUAAUUUCGUUCAGUUAUUUGUUUUUAUUUGUUUGAUUUUCAUUUUGAAUGGUAACAUCAAACACCAGUGCCUUACGACUUUAGUUCAAAAAUAACAAUCAUUACAAGUUUGUAUAAGAAAAGUAUUUCUAUUUCACUGAAAUGUAAUGCACAAAGGAGCUUUUUAUAUCAAUUAGUUUUUGAAACUUUGUAUUUAUACUUGUACACAGAUAUAAAUAUUGUGUUUUCCAUUUGACCACAAUAUUAUAGAAUUUGAUUGGCCUUACUCAUGUAACUAUAGUUUGUGUGAUUCAAUUGAUCAAUCCAUUGCAGAUACAUGUAACCCUAGAGCUAUCAGCGUUUGCGGCUAAUAAUGGGAUGUAGAUAUGCACAGCCUUUAGUUUUUGCAUCACAGGCCACUUCGAUCAAAAAUGAUAUGAAGGGGUUUGCUGCGGUGUGUCUGGCAGCGGCUGUUGAAUGCCUCACAGUUUCUUGUAAAACCCCAAAUGGUGAGCACUACGGUCUCAUAUAAAAAAAAAAAUCAAAAUCUUUGAUCAAGUACCUUAAGAACACCGUUAAUAGAUAUGUGCCCUUUAUAAGAUGCUGGUACUAUUUAUGAUGUUGACGGUAAGCCUGGUUCAUACUUCCUACGAAUGCGCAUGCAAAAUUUGAUGUCACAAACUGGCAACAAAUAGUUUGCCUCAGUUAGCUUGUGCUGAACUCCUAUGAAACAUUUGUGUGAUGUAAAAAUCACAUCAAGUAUGUACCCAGCUUAACUGUACAAAACCCCAGCAUGACAUGGAGUGUAAAAAUGAAUUGCAGAUGACAUGUACAUGUACCAAAGCACGUGUCCAAGUAAUGGCCAAAAAAACUUACACAGUGUUAUGAAAACGUAAAUGGACUGGUCAUCAAAUAGGCGUAUGA